AUGUCUAAAGUUAUUACGCCUAAUAAUCUUCCAUUUACUCAAUAUACUCCUCCUGAACUUUUGGCAAAAAAAUCUAUAAAUGAUAAAACAAAAUUAAACAUCUACAGUUUAGGCGUAUUAUUCUGGGAAAUAUCUAAUAAAAGACCUAAUUGUCAUAAAAUAAUUGAAGAAUUAGAUAAUAUUUCUUUUGAACAAAUAUAUAAUGAAGAUGCUAAAGAUUCAUUGGAAAGUACAAACCAAAUCGACAACUUCUUUAAAUUAUCUAAAGGUCGCAAUCGUAAUAAUCAUGAUUUUGCUAUUACAAAGAAAGAUAUUUUUAAGAAUGUUGAAGUAAAAACAGAUAAAGCAGAUUUUACUCCAAUUGUUUUCCUCGUAAAAAUAAAUACAAGUCAUUGGGAGGUUUUAAAUAAUUUAUCUCCAUGUUCGACCGGUGGUCAUCUGUUUGCUGACGCUGAUAAGAUACAAAUUCAUAUUCCAGUUGGUACUAUAGAAUAUUGUGGAAAUUUAAAUGCUGAUUUCAUUCAAGAAAUUAAGGAUGCGCUCAACAUUUCAAAUAUAGAUGAAAAAAAGAAUAAAUUAAAAGAAAUAUUUAAUGAUUAUGGAAAUUAUGUGAUUACAAAGUUCACUAUUGGUGGGAUGAUAACGAUUGAUUGUUCAAAAGCCGAUUCUAAAAGUGUAGAAUGUCUACAGACAUAUCUUUCUUGGGGCGUCAGUUAUGCAAAAGGCGAAUCUUUGCCUACUUUUGAGCUCACAUCACUUGAUGGUUUUCCAUCAUUUGAAACUUUGCCAUCGCGACCGCAACCCAUGAAAUGCGCUAGAGACUUUUAUUCUUGGCUAAAAGAUUUACAUGAUUAUAAAAAUGUGACUAUUAUAUCAUAUGAAGGUUAUAAACCAUCAUUUGAAUUAUUAGAUGAACAACUAAAAAAUGGGAUUUUUGAAUGCUUUUCCUUUAAACCCAACAAUCAAGGUCUUCCAAAAUUAAUUCCACAACUUCCUGCUACAUAUGAACAAAAAAGCUUUUCAGAAUGGGUACCAAAACCUUCAUUAUUAUCACAUGUACAUGAUUUGAUAGAAAACUAUCUUUCGCUGCAGUAUAAUAUCUUUUUAAAACAUUACUCCAAAUUAGGGUAUGGAAAAAGCAUUAGGUUUAAAUUUCCAAAUCAACCUAAAAUUAUCCCAACGAAAAAAAUUACUAUUUCAUUCAUUUAUCCUAAAAAUCAACAUAUUACUCAUUUAUCAUAUAAUUUAGAUAAAUUAAAUUUUGAUAAAGCUUAUUAUCAUAUUACUCCAAUAGAUGAUAUUAAAUGUUCUACACAAAUUUAUUGUCAAAUUACAUAUCAUGCGGCAGAAAUUUCUUGGGAUUCAUCAAGUAUAAUACCUGCAGAACUCUAUAAAGAUUCUCCUGAAGCAAUUGAAAAUUAUUACGGCAACACUUUACCAAAAACCUUAACCAUUGGUGGCACGCUAACAACAUAUGAAGCUUGUAAUAUUUCUAACUUAGCUUACAAAUUUCCGCAAGAAAUAUUACCAGAAAAAAUUGAUCAAAUUUUAGCAAAAUUGAAUAUUGAUACAUCAUUUAUUAGUAAUAAUGGAAAUGUUAUUAAUAGAAAUCAGAUUAAAGAUUGGUUGGAAGUCUUUAUCACUAAUCCUGAAAAUUGGAAAAUUAUUUCUUUCGGUGAUUGGUCUCCAUCUUAUAAAACCUUACAUCAAUUUCGGGAAGAUAUAAAGUUUGUUUCUAAUAAUGUAUAUCAGAUUGUUUUUAAUGGAGAAAACACAUUUAGUCGAGAGGAUCAGAAUAUUGUAGUUAUUAAAUUUCCUCAGCCACUUAUCAACGAUAAUUAUCAAAUUUUUGGACAUAUUUUAAAGAAAUAUCCUGAUAAUUUGGGAGAAACUUGGGAAAAAAUUCCAGAAGUAACUAUCGCAUUUAGUGAUGUAAACAAAUACGGGUGCACUGCGAUUAUUUACAAAAAUAAUAAUAUAACAUUAAACAAAGAUAUAACUAAAAUUAAAUGGUUUGUACUUGCUAAAUCAGGAGAAUACUGUGCGGAUAAUUAUAGAAAUCUUAAAGUUACCUGUGGAAAGAUUGAUAUUGAUGUCUCUCAAAGUGAAAUUUUUAUUAGAACUGAUGAUAUUAAUACAAAUUAUACUCUUGUGACUUCAUCUGUUCAUAAACCACAAAGCGAUACUACUCGUUAUUAUGAUAUUACACUUAACUAUUGGACUAAAUAUGAAGUCGUCCUAAAAAUUCGGAGAGAUAAACAUAAUAUUUUUGGAGAAUCUGAAAUUUCAAAUGAAAAUAAUAAAAUUAAAGAUGGAUCAAAACCAUACCUACAGGAAAAGAUAACUCUCAAUUGGUGUAUAAUAAAUGAAAAAGAAUUGAAGAACAAAAAUAAAGAGGCAUGUCAAUUAAAUCAAUGUGGGGUUGUUCUUGAUGAUGACUUAAGAAAAGAUUGUGAUGAUCUUAUAGAUUGUGAACCAAAUUAUUUAUCGUCAUUGAAUACAAUUAAACAAAAUCCAUUAUCAAUUAACUUUAAUUCAGGUAGCUUUUUAUGUUUAGAUAAAAAUUCUAAAGGGAAUGAAUGGAUUAUAAAAGUUGCUAUAAAAACUGAGAAUGAGUCACUAGCAAACAGGGAUCGCACCAAAGAUAUAAAAGCAAGAAACGCAUAUGCAUUAAAAAUACCACUAAAUGCUCCAACUUUGAAUA